AUGGCGGCGGAGGGGGAUUCCAAGGCGGAGCCCAAGCCCGCGGACGGUGCCACCACGGUGGACUCCAGGGUGAAGUCCGAGCCCACGGACGGUGCCGCCACGGUGGAUCUCACCAAGUCCGCGGACGAGGCCCCGAAGGCGGAGGCCGGCGGGGCCGCGCAGACCGAGGAGGGCAAGGCCGGCGAGGCGGCGAAGGGCAGCGGCAAGGGCGAGGCUGCCUCCAAACAGAUCCUCGAGACCCACGAGGGCACCAUGUUGGGCUUCGCGGCGGUGGCCAGGGGCCUCAGGGGCAAGGGCAAGGGCAAGGGCAAGCCCGCGGCCGGCCCAGCGGCUCCCGAGGCCGCGAAGGACGCUGCGAAGGACGCGGGCGUGACGGAAACCGGGCAGCUAGCCGGAG